UCAACCCGAGCUCUUAGAUGAGGGACUAGACUAGAGCAUGAAUAACGGUACGCUACAAUAUUUACUAAAAUGUUUAACCGACAAGCCAACGUCAGACGUCCAUAGCAUUUAUAAAUAAAUUAGUAAACAAUAAAUACUUUCCCUUGUGUCGGUAAAUUGAAACUAGCAGUCUGCCAUCGCAAGCUUUUAUUCAGCCUUUGAAAUGGCCUGGGUCUGGAAGAGAAAGUCAGUAAUAGUGAGCAGUGUGAUCGUGCUGCUGUGUCUGUUUCUGGUGGUGAUGAAUUACUCGGAGAAGCCGUAUUUCCUGCUACAGCCUGUGUUUGGCCAGAGCUUCAGCAGAAACUGGAUGUUCUCCCGGGUGCCACACAAAGCCUUCAAACCCCACCACGGAUACCUCAGCAUCCCCAAACAGGAGCCGUUGAAGCUCCAUUGUGAGGUUUGCAGUAUAGUGUCCAGCUCUGGCCAGAUGUUGGGCCGUGAAGCAGGAGCUGAAAUUGACCAGUCCUCCUGCAUAUGGAGGAUGAACAACGCACCCACGCGUGGUUUUGGGAGGGACGUGGGCCACAGGACGGACCUGAGGGUAGUGUCGCACACCAGUGUUCCUCUGCUAAUCCAAAAGCCCCAGUACUUCUUCGGCCAGGGGAACGAGACCAUCUAUGUGGUUUGGGGGCCCUUGCGCAACAUGCGGCAGGAUGGAAAGGGAAUCGUCUACAACAUGCUGCGACAGGCAGUGGAAAACUACCCACAGGCUCGCAUCUACGUCACCACGGAUGAGCGAAUGAAUUACUGUGACACCGUGUUUAAAAAAGAGACUGGUAAAGACAGGAUUCAGUCAGGUUCAUACCUGAGCACCGGCUGGUUUACGCUCAUUUUGGCAAUGGACAUGUGCAAGGAGAUCCGAGUCUACGGGAUGAUCAACGACACAUACUGCAAGUCAGAAAAUUACAGGAAGGUGCCGUACCACUACUACGAAGCAGGAAGUCGUGACGAAUGCGCCGAGUAUCUCUUGCACGAGAGCGCCCCCUAUGGUGGACACCGUUUCAUCACCGAAAAGGCUGUUUUUGCAAAAUGGGCCAAAACCCAUCCAAUCAAGUUUUUCAGUCCAGAGUGGCAGCUAUCAUGACCACGGGAACGUCCCAAACAUUGAGCCAUUUUCGGCCUCCAUCUCUACCGUUUUAACAUAAAACAGAACACAGCUUGCCAUGACUACAAGAAUCCUUCUGCUUGCAGUGUCAUAUUCCCAGUUGCUUGAGUGCAGUAAGUGUCCCAUCCUAACCAUAAGGAGACGUAUGCAUCUGGUGUUGAAUUGCUGUGCGCAAAUAGUGGAUUUUGCAUCUUCUCAUUUUUCACUCUGGACAACAAAGUAGCAGAUGUUUUCCUCCGAGCACACUUGGCAGAGUAGAUGGACUACAAUUAUAAUGCAACGCUCUGUUUCUUCUCCAUCAUUGGAGACAGGACUGAGAUGAGAAAUGUUAUGUGUGGCUUACAUUUCCUAUCACAAACUAGUGAUGCUCUUACCUACAAUGCUGGAUCUCGCCUUGUGCUAGUUAUUUUUGUCUCAUAGACAACCAUUGAAGCUGACCUUUCUACCGACCUUUAUCAAAGCUUUUAACCCAAAACCCAAUUUUUUUACUCUAUGGCUUGCAUCUUAUAUGCCACGUUAUAUGCUUUUCUUGAACAGCUGAACAUUAGGUCAUUUAGAAAAUUUCGCAUAUCACUUUUUACACGCAACAAUUAUUUUAUGACAUGCAAUGAUUCUUUUUCUGUGAAAAAAGGCAUUUGUUAAUGUCAAGCUGGAAGGAAUAGUUCACCUAAAAAUGAAAAUAACAUCAUUAUUUACUCAUCUCCAUGACAUUGCAAACCCUGUGGGUUUAUUAUUAUUAUUAUUAUUAUAAUUUUUUAUUUUUUGGAGGGCUUGACAGAUCUGCUCACUAUGAACUGUCAUUGCAUAGAAAAGAGCUGCAAGAAGAUUCUACUAAUUCCCAUUUUCUGAAAAAAUAACCAGCAUCUGGGUUUGAAACGACAUGGCAGAGAAAAUACAAAAUUUGCAUAUUGAACAAAAACAGAAUAACGUGACAAGAAUGAGACAAACGUUGCAAAAGCUCUGUUGAUUCCACAUUAUUUGUCAUAUGUAGGCGGCAUACCGCAGACAGAAGAUGUAUACGUACGUGAACGAUUCAGUGAAGUUUGCAAUGUCAAGAUAGUGCCUGUAUGAAGCAUUGUUACCCAAUCCAUCACUUUCCUUACACGUAACUCGCUUGUUUAAAAAAUGACCCAGAAACCUGUCUGUGUUCUGAAUUCUCUUAAGAUAAAGGUACACAAUCCCUGUUGUCAGAUCAGCAGGUUAAUUUGAUUAUCUACUGUAGCUGAGUGCUUUAGUGUUAUAAACCGGCAGACAAUGCAGCACCCUGGGGAUCUCCCCGCGGUGUUGUUGUGUUUUUCAUCAUCGAGCACAGCAUGAAGCAUCUUGCAUGUAUAUGAAGCACAUUUGUCAGUACUGUACGUAACGCAUUUUCCUGUCAAAUUGUGACAUCAUUAGGCAGCUCAGCCUGGAUUGCUUUUAUAUGUAGUGUGAGCGUCGUUGCAGUGCCAUUUGUUUUGUUUUGUUUUUUGCUGGAAAGAAUGAUCCAGCCACUAAGUGUUAUAUAUAUGACCACAUACAAUACAAGAUACACUAACAACAAUUGCAAGGAGCUAGAGCGCUUUGAUGAGAUACCGCUUACGCCUUUGGCCAAUCUGUUCGUUUAAACAAUUGAUGCCAGGUCAAUUUCUCAGAGUGCUGACCCAGGAUCAUCAUUUGCUGCCGUCUCUAUUGAUUUUGUUCAGCUUGUGAUAAAAAGCAGACCUGAUUAAGAAACAGCACUUUCACUCCUCUGUGUUUUUCAAUUUAACCCCUGUUCUGCUGUUCAUUUCUCAGUCAUUACACACAUAUUGGGGAAAGCAGGAUAAGCCGUGCUACGUUUUAAUUAAGUUGUUCUAUAAAUACGCAUCGAGAAAUGAGAUAGAGGUAAAAAUAGCACGCUUUAACACAUUAACCGAUUAGUAUCUUACUUCACAGCCAUGAUUUUUCAAUCCCAGUCCCUUUCUGAACUGCAGCUGUGACAAACUUUGGUGCAGGAACAAACAGUUUCCCCAAUAGCACAUCUCACCCCAUUCUCCUUUACUUUGAACAGCAAGUAAAAGCUUACGAAGAGCUUUAUCUUCAUUUCUUUAUCCGCCGGAUCACAGCCGAUGCCUUUCCACAGAUCUUAAGAAGCAUUUUUUUGUACAACAUAAAAUUGUCCUCAGCUUUGGGCUUGUCUGUCAUAAGUGCUUUAGCCUUUUAAAAGCAUGCAUGUUUGAGAUAUACACUAUUUUGUAGCACAAAGUGUCCUUUUAGUUGCUUUUAUAGCUUAUUUAUAUCUUAUUUAUAACCUUUAUUUGGCUUUUUUGCUUUUUGUAUGUCUUCCAACGAUUAAGGUUUCGGCCAAAAGAGAUGGAUCUGUUUAGGAGAUAUUGAUCGGUGCUAAGUGGUUUGCUCACAUUGCUCUAAAUUUACAAUCAAAUAUACAAUGCCUUGCAAAAGUAACAAUUUCACUUAUAAAGAGUAACAAUUGCCUUACUUUUAGCCCAUGGGUCAUUAAAAUGACUGAAAAAGCUCCACAAUCAUCAUUUACACACUCGAAAAUGGCUGGGUUAUUUGUAACCCAUGCUGGGUAAGUAUUGGACAAAACCAAUGAUCUUACGGAAAGUCGUGUUUUAUAGUGUUUUAAAAAAAUUUGAUUAAUUUAUUCAUGUCCAUGGCACGAAAUUCAGCUUUUUAUUGUGUCAUGAGCAGAAAUUUAUUUUUCGUGGCACCGGUACGAAUUUCUGUAGUUUUUCGUGUCAGUGGCACAACUUUCUUUUUUUGUGUCAUUUUAUGUAUUGUUCCCCCCCCCCAUUUUUAAAUCAUUGUCGAUUGGGGUUUGGGUUAGAUUUGGGGUUUGGAUUAGAAUGUACUUUUAUGUAUUGGUUUCUACAUGUUUUUCUUCCACUUUUAAAACUAUUCUCGCUUGGAGUUGGGGUUUGGGCUAGGAUGUCUAAAAAUUAGUGCUGGGAAAGGAUUAAUCGUGAUUAAUCGCAUUCAAAAUAAAAAUGCAAUUGCGAAAUGUGAUUUUUUUUGCAUAAUAUAUGAGUGUGUGCUGUGUGUAAUUAUUAUGUAUAUAUAAAUACAUACACAUUCAUGUAUGUAUUAAAGAAACAUUUACAUGUGUAUAUAUAUUUAUUUAUAUUUUUAUAUAUUCUAUAUUAUAAAUAAAUAAAUAAAAAUUAUAUAUAAAUAAAAAAAUCUGAAAUGACUAUAUGUAUGUGUGUGUGGUUGAAUAUACAUAAUAAUUACACUUAGUACACACACACAUAUUACGCAAAAAAAAUCACUUUUAUUUUGAAUGCGAUUAAUCAUGAUUAAUCUUUAACAAGCACUACUAAAAAUGUAACAGAAAGUGAUUCUAACCCAACUCCAUGCGAUAAUUGUAAAAAAAAAAAUAGGAAAAAACUAUAAGAAACAAUACAUAAAAUAAAACGAAAAAGAAAAUUGUGCAAUGGACACGAAGAACUAUAGAAAUUCGUGCGAGUGACAUGAAAAAGACAUUCGUGCUCAAGGCACGAAAAAAGCUGAAUUUUGUGCCAUGGACAUGAAAAAAUGUAGCAAAAUUUGCGUGACUACAACACCACUUUCCGUGAGAUCAGUCGGGACAAAACACACUUGACCCAAUGAUGGGUUGUUUUAACCCAACUGUUUUAUUAUUAUUAUUAUUACCCAUGAUUGCAUAACAACAACAACCUAACACUUUGUCAUUUUUAACCCAGCAUGUGUUCUGUCCAAUAUUUACCCAGUAUGGUUAAAAAUGACCCAGCCAUCAUUACAAUGAAAAGUGAGGUGAUGUAAAAACAACUUCCCAUACUUUCUGGGUCGUUGGGUGAUUAAGAGAGCCCAGCCUAACAUUUUUAUGAUAGUUACAUUUUUAGAUACUGCUUAAAUAUGAAUAAAAGUGUAGCGAGAGCCUUCCAUUUACUGACCUGUGGUCAGGGAGCAGCCUACAUUUACAUUAAAUUAUAGAAAUAUUUAAAAGUAUAAUAGUAAAUCUAGACAAACGAGACCCUGCCAAAUUCCAAAGUGUAUAACUCUCCAUUAAUAAUAACUGCGUGCCCACAAUGAUUGUAUGCAUACUUUUACAGCUGAGGCGUGUAAUUUAAAAAAGAGAGAAAGAAUAAAUGGAAAUCUUUCACCUGGACAGUAAUCCUAAACAUUAGGUCGAUGUUGAAGUAAAAGAGGUGAAUUUCCUACAAUUCCCAAGUCAUAGCCUUGAUCUCAGUCCAAUUGAAAAUCUCCAUCUGUCUUUGAAAACCGCAGUGCACAGGUCACUGACUAACCUGAAAUACCAAUUUACCUGAAAAAAUGGACCAGAAUUACACAUGAGCAGCGUGGAGAGCUGAUGUAUGCGUAUCCCAGAAGACUUUUUUAUUUCAGUUUUUAUAUGUUUAUAUUAUGUAUGUUUUGAAAAUCCUUGCAAGACACUGUAUCAUCCUGUGAGCAGAUUAAAAAGUUGCCUUGGAAGUGUUUCACAAGGUGGAACUAUAAAAAUGUAAAUUUGUUUUAACGCUGUUGUAGGAAGGAUACGAAAGAUGACUGUUCUUGUGUUUAAUCUCAAAGGUGAUCAAAUAAAUACAAACUUUAUAGGCAUAGCCCUCUUUUACGGACUACAGUUGCAUACAUUUUUGAAUAAUUUACAGGUCAGUCUGCUGUAUUGUGAUGUACAUUCAACGUCGAUGUGAAGUUUGCUAGAAAACAGAAAGAGCUAUUUUUUUCUAACUUAUUAUUACAAUGUAUUCAUGCAUUUGUAUUAAAACGUUUUACAGCUGAGUUGAGAUUAUAUUUGUCUUGUGAAUUCAUGUUUCUGAUCGUCUUGCUGACAGAUGUGAAUAUCACCAUUAUGUACUGUAGCAUCAUCGUUUAAAACUUUUACAUAUAGAGUGCGCCAUCGUCAUAUACACUCACCUAAAGGAUUAUUAGGAACACCUGUUCAAUUUCUUAUUAAUGCAGUGGUGUGUGGGAUGUUUUCUUGGCACACUUUAGGCCCCUUAUUGGGCAUCGUUUAAAUGCCACAGCCUACCAGAGCAUUGUUUCUGACCAUGUCCAUCGCUUUAUGACCACCAUGCACCCAUCCUCUGAUUGCUACUUUCAGCAGGAUAAUGCACCAUGUCACAAAGCUCGAAUCAUUUCAAAUUGCUUUCUUGAACAUGACAAUGAGUUCACUGUACUAAAAUGGCCCCCACACUCACCAGAUCUCAACCCAAUAGAGCAUCUUUGGGAUGUGGUGGAAUGAGAGCUUCGUGCCCUGGAUGUGCAUCCCACAAAUCUCCAUCAACUGCAAAAUGCUGUCUUAUUAAUAUGGGCCAACAUUUCUAAAGAAUGCUUUCAGCACCUUGUUGAAUCAAUGCCACGUAGAAUUAAGGCAAUUCUGAAGGCCAAACACAGUAUUAGUAUGGUGUUCCUAAUAAUCCUUUAGGUGAGUGUAGAUCACGCACCCAACAUGGAUCUCAAAUAUUGGUUUAAAUAUAAAUAGUUUAUUUGUUUUUAUUUAGCUACCUGAAAGGUAGCACCUGUAAAGAAGCCCAAAUACGCAUUGUAAUAUCUCCAUUAUAAGUGGUUGAUAUAAAAAAAUAUCGAACUGCAAAUACUAAUCAGAUUAAAGUACUCCAGAACGCAAGUGUAAGAUUCCAUUUGCAAGUAUCAUCGGCUCAUUUAAGCAGAAAAGGAUUUGCAUUCCAGUUCUGUAUAACCCGAUAAGACUUAUGAAAUCUUAUAAGCGUGCAAGCUUUGAUCAGUCAUUUUCUCAGCAGAUGCCUGUGAUUGUAAAAUUCGAAUUAAUGCUCAGUCCAGGUCGGUCCAGAUGAUAUGCAUUAUUAGUUGGUGACAUGCCUUACUGAUGCCUUUGUUGUACUGGUGGGCUGCUCUAUUGUUUCUACACGUGGUUAUUAGAGAAGUGAGCGUGAUUGUGAUCAAUGGUUAAACUCCUCAUUAAAGUGCAAAUGAACCAUAGAAUAGUGCGAGGAAAUGAGCAUUAAUAUGCUGUGUAGCACAUAUCUCAUUCUAACAUAUCUUUGUGUUUCCCCGUCUCCAUAUAUCUGCUGUAGCUUAAACUAUGAAAGUUUUAUAAAGACUCUCUCCAUUGUAAAUGCCAGUGGGGAGUGCUAAGUCACAAAGUUACUUGACGUUUUGUAGUUCAUCUGAAACUUUGCUGGGCAGGGUCAGAUAAUACAUAAUUUUAGUUUUUUUUAAAUGUGCAUUUUCCUGUCCUAAUGCCUUUCGUUGAACUAAUGGCAUGUGUCACCACCUACACUCUUUUCCUUUAGCCUACCAUCACAAAAAUUUCACUGCAUUUAUGUAAAAAUCAAAAUUUUUUUUAAGAUCACACCAGUGGAAUACUGUAUAUCUCUACAUUAGCAGAUUAACUUGACUUUGUUGCAUUAAAAUAUGAUCUUAUGUAUAUAAAUACUGUAUAUAUAGCGAGAAAAAUUUUAAAAUAUAUAUAUUAUGCUUUUUAUUUUGCCUACCAGUAAAUAGGAACUGAGGGGGGAGACCUAAUCUAUCAUGCUCUUUGUUAUAAAGUUUACAUUUUUGCUGUUGUAAAAUCUGUUGUUUGUUGUUUCGUGUGAUCACUUUGUCUUCUUUACAUCUGUAACUAUGUAUCUGCUUUUGUUUUCCUGAUGUUUUUCUGUUACAAUGCUGUGCUAGGUUGCUUGGAAAACAAAUGUUACAAAUUGACAAAAUGUUGACUUUUCGAGCAGUGUGAAAUGUCACUUUCAUUUUUGUACUUGCUGUCUGGCUGUUUUUAAUAAAUGAAAAAAAAAAUAACUAAGUGAUAUGAAGACUUCA